CACAACACCUUAAACCUUAUAAUCGGUCACCAUUUAUAGCCUUUAUACAAAUAACCAUAGCCAAUAUGGUAGUAGUACUUGAACUCCUACCGCUUCUGCUCUUACUUCCAUUGGCCCUUGUGGUCGUAAUUCCCAUCUUCCACCGCCGCGGCCGCCUCCCUCCGAGCCCGAUCGCCAUACCGAUCAUUGGGCACUUCCACCUCCUAGGCCCACUCCUCCACAGCUCCCUCCGAGACCUCUCCCUUCGGUGGGGCCCUUUUUUCUCCCUCCGCCUCGGCUACGUCCCUUGCGUCGUCGUCUCCUCGCCGGAACUCGCCAGAGAGUUCCUCAAGACCAACGAGCUCUCCUUCUCCUCCCGCAUUGACUCCGCCACCAUAGACCGCCUCACCUAUGGCUCUUCCAUGGCCUUCGCCCCCGUGGAAGCCUACUGGAAGUUCAUCCGAAAACUCACCAUGAACGAGCUCCUCGGCAACAGCCCUGUCCGCGGCCUCGCCUCGCUCCGCACCCGCGAGCUCUGCCACUUCUUGCGGAUCCUCGCUGACAAGGCCGAGCGCGGUGAAGCCGCCAAUAUCUCGGGAGAGCUACAGCAGCUGACGUACGCAGUGAUCUUCCAGAUGGUGUGCGGGAGUGCUGCUGCUGCGACUUCCGGUAUGGACCGAGGGCGAGUGGAGGAGGCCAGGACGGUGGUGAGAGAGGUGACCAAAAUCUUCGGAGAGUUCAACUUGUCGGACUACGUUUGGUUUCCGAAGAGGUUAGAUUUGCAAGGGUUUCGGAAGCGGACUGAGGAGAUUUUCAGGAGGUUUGAUACGUUGAUCGAGGCGGUUCUUUGUGAACGUGAAGAGCUGAGGAGAAUGCGCAAAGGGGAGGAGGAGGAGGAGGGCGUCAAAGGAACAGAUUUUCUGGACAUUUUGCUUGAUCAUUUGGAGGAUCAGAAAGACGAGAAUGUGCCAUUCACCAGACUUCACGUGAAAGGCUUGAUUAUAGAUUUGUUCACAGCCGGUACAGAUACAACUGCCGCUACAACUGAAUGGAUACUGUCGGAGCUCAUCAACAAUCCAAGAGUGCUCCAGAAAGCACGUGAAGAAAUCGACCAAGUCGUCGGAAAAACUCGCUUAGUCAACGAAUCGGAUGGCCCAAAUCUUCCAUACAUGCAAGCCAUCAUAAAAGAAGUGCUUCGGCUACACCCGGUUUCUCCUGUAAUCACGAGAAAAUGCGUAAAAGAAUGUAAAGUUGGAAAGUACAUAAUUCCAGUAGGCACCAUUCUGUUCGUCAACAAUUGGGCUAUUUCUAGGGAUCCAAAGUAUUGGGAAAGCCCACUCGCGUUUCGACCUGAGCGGUUCUUACAAGACCACAAAGAAGGAUCAAAGAUCGGCAUAGAUAUAAAGGGACAACAUUAUGAACUUUUGCCAUUUGGGUCUGGGAGGAAGAUGUGCCCUGGGAUGAACUUAGCACAACAAAUGUUACCGACAGUUGCAGCUGCCAUAAUCCAGUGUUUUGAUUUGAACAUUGCUGACUCACUCGGCCAUGGCUCUAUUCUAAGUAUGGAAGAAGGGUCAGGACUUGUAAUUCCAAGACUUCAUCAGCUUGUUUGUGUUCCAGUUGCCCGCCAUAGUCUAUUCACUACUAUUCUUGAACCCGAGUCAUAGAAUAGUACUGCCGAGUACACAAUAAAUAGUUCAUAUCGAAUUAUAUGUGUCAUGUACACAAUAAAUAGUUAAUAUCGAAUAAUAUGUAUCAUGUACACAAGAAAUAAUCAAUAUCGAGUUAUAUGUGUCAUGUUCAUGUGCUUAUA